UCUCUCUCACUCUCUCCCCAGUCGUUAAGUCAGAGAGCAGAGGAGGAAGGGAAGGCAGAGAGACCAGGGGAGGUCUGACGCCACCAUCCCAGCUUGCACCUAUUUCUGAAUGCACAGAUUGAUAAAUGCAUGCACCCUGCGUCUGGCUUCGAUUCACUGGAGGAGCGUAAGGAUUUGUACCCAAGCUGUCACUCUGCAAGACAUGUGUACAACUUCUCCCACCAGGACAAGAACUUGAAAGGAGCUUUGGAGACGCAGCAUGCGUAAAUGUCCAACGGCGAGAGAAGCCGUAGCUUUCAACGCUGGAGGUCCACUGUCAGGAUGGAUGACACAGGCUAACGAUGCACCCCACCACUUUCUGAUCCAGCUUUAAAAGGCUCAAAUGAUGCUGUGGUACAGCUUUGGCCGCCGCUUGCUCUCCCUGGCGGCACUUCUGGUGAUUGUGAGCUGCGGAGGAGGGGAGCAGCGCAGAGGGACGGAUAGCAGCAGCAGCAGCACCAGCAGCACAGGUGGCAGCAGCAGCAGUAGCAGCAGCAGUUCUGGAGGAAGUAGUAACCGACGCUUUCACAAGAUCCAGCAUGGCCAGUGCACCUACACGUUCAUCCUGCCGGAGGGCGAGGGAGCCAGAGGAGGCUCCUGCAGGGAGGCGAAAGCCGGCAGCCCGCAGCACAGCGGCAACUCUCUCCAGAGAGACGCUCCGCCGCUCGAGCCCGAGUUCCCCAGCCAGAAGAUCCAGCAGCUCGAGCACAUUAUGGAGAAUUAUACCCAGUGGCUACAGAAGAUUGAGAACUACAUCAAAGAGAGCAUGAAGACAGAGAUGGCUCAGCUGCAGCAGACUGCCGUCCACAACCACACAGCAGCCAUGUUGGAAAUGGGCACCAACCUCCUUUCUCAGACGGCCGAACAGACGCGCAAGCUAACUAACGUCGAGACGCAGGUUCUGAAUCAGACAUCCAGGCUUGAGAUCCAGCUGCUGGAAAAUUCUCUCUCCACUAACAAGUUGGAGAAAGAGUUAAUGGUCCAGACCAAUGAGAUCAGCAAGCUGCAUGACAAGAACAGCCUGCUGGAGCAGAAGAUGUUAGAAAUGGAAACGCGACACCGCGAGGAGCUGGAGUCGCUGAAGCAGGAGAAGGGGAGUCUCCACACCCUGGUGGGGAGGCAGAGCGGGGUUAUCGGGGAGCUAGAGGCCCAGCUGAGCCGGGCCUCGGGGAACAGCACGGCCCUGCAGAGACAGCAGCAAGAGAUGAUGGACACCGUCCACAACCUGCUCAGCCUCUGCUCCAAAGAUGGAGUUGUGCCUAAUAGCACAAAGGUCGCGGACGAGGAGAAGAAGUUCCGCGACUGCGCCGACCUCCACCAGGCCGGCUUCCAUAAGAGCGGAAUCUACACCAUCCAGAUCAACCCUCAGGAGACCAAAAAGGUGUAUUGCAACAUGGAAACAGCCGGCGGUGGAUGGACGCUCAUCCAGCGCAGAGAGGACGGCACUGUGGACUUCCAGAGAACGUGGAAGGAGUACAAGAUGGGUUUCGGCAGCUUGCCUGCAGAGCACUGGUUGGGGAACGAGUAUGUCUACCAGUUGACCAGCCAGAGGCAGUACGCCCUCCGUGUAGAACUGACCGACUGGGACGGACACCAGGCCUUCUCGCUAUAUGACCGCUUCCAGAUCGGCGGUGAGAAACAAAACUACAGACUGUUCCUGAAAAGCCACAGUGGGACUGCAGGCAGACAGAGCAGUCUUGUAAUCCACGGAGCAGACUUCAGCACCAAGGACAUGGACAAUGACAACUGCAUGUGCAAGUGUGCCCUCAUGCUCACUGGUGGUUGGUGGUUUGAUGCCUGUGGCCCGUCCAACCUUAACGGCAUGUACUUCACCCAAGGACAGCACAUAGGGAAGUUGAACGGUAUCAAGUGGCACUACUUCAAGGGCCCCAGCUACUCGCUACGAGCCACGGUCAUGAUGAUCCGCCCGCUGGACUUCUCCUAGUCCUUUGAACUUUGAACUUCCCUAUUUUAUCCUCUUGUCUCAUCUCAUUUUCGCUGGCCCCGGGAGUCAUCCAAUGAAUCUGUUUUUAUUCAAUCUGGUUCCUCUCCAGAGCGACGGCUAUUGCUGCGCUGCCUCGUAACCUUUCCCCCUCAGCGGUUUCUGAAAACCAGCCACGAGGAGGAACGACGGAGCACGAGAUGAUUCACCUGAACUGUUUCUGUUCCCAAACAGAUUCACAAACUUGACGUUAUUUAAGGACAAAAGCAUAUAGAAUGUGUUAUCUCCACACUUGCAAUGUGUGCACAUUAAGAGCCCGCUAUAACAGCUCUUGAAAAUUCAAGCACGAUGUCAAACCACAACUUUCCCAUUAUCCUGGGGACCUGCGCUGUAAUAAUAUAGAGGACUUGAACUCUUCUGAAUGGAAAGCAGCUAUGACAGAGCAGCACUGACUCUUCAACUGCAGGAGAGAACGUAUCUGGAACGCUAUAAGGAGAUGAUGCUUUUCUAUUAAAAUGUUGCUGACAGAACGCAGCCGAUAAAUAUUACCAUUGUAUUAUAUAUUGUGGGGUUUUUUUUAGUAUUAUUUUUGUUAUCCCAACUGUAUACAAUAUCCAAAGUGAGAUGAAAUUGUCUUUUGUACUACAAGUGUAACACACGCACAGUUUUAAGGUGACCUUAACAUUCAAGCGAUGAGCUGGUAAUAGUUACAAGGGUCACUUGGAGCAUUUGCUGCCUUGACAGUGUGAUUAUUAUUAGAGUUCAACAUGUGAGGUUUUUAUUGGGUUCGAUUCUGGACUGAGAUCCAUUUGCAUUUGUUGUUGGCUGAGAAACGACUCGUACCUGCCAAGGUUCAGCAUAUGAGUGAUCACCUUACCUCUGCUGGAUAUGAAAAAGGACAUUAAUACUGAUUCCUAUUAUUAGUGAUGUAUAACAAUUACAGCUGUGUGCACUUGGGGGAAGAGAAUGCACGAAUGCAUAUGCAAGUAAUGUGUGUUUUUUCAAAUACACAGAGAUAAACAGUGUAUUCCAGCAUGUGAUGAUGAAGUACCACGUCCAUAUUUACAAAGAUGUAAAUGCUUAUAUUAAGCUGAUGUCCCACAAAGAAUGAGGUCAGAGUUCAUAUUACUGAAUCUUAUUUCUAACUCUAAAGGGCAUUAUAAAAGCUCUUUAAGGGUAAUUUCAGUAUUUCUCAACCCUAUUUUUCCACGUUUUUGUGACUAAUAGGGACAACAAUUUUUUGAAAUUGGUCCAGUAUUGAGGGAGAACGCUGCAGACGGCAGCCGCUAAACGGGCUGCAAUGUAAUCGCUUGGGGCAACUCCUCACCGUCAAUGUAUGUCCUCUAGAAGUGCUUGUUUAUGCCACUGACAGGCUCAGAUUGUUGUAAGUGUCUGACAACAUGAUGGAAAGGACCUUACAGAGAAAUAAACCCUUUUUCUAAA